GUUGUCCUGAGGAGACGGACUUGAAAAGGCUGAAACUCCGGAAUAGCCAGAUAAAUAAGCGGACAUUCAUUUGUGUGAUUUGAUGUGAAAAUUUACCAGAUACUGGAAAAAUACUUGUUAUUUUUGCCUGUGGACCUCGCUAUUAUGUCUGAUGCUCAUUGCUUUUGGCUCUGACUUCUGACAUCAUUCCAUAGUCAUCAUACAGCUGUGAUCUGGAGAUAUAAAAAUGAGGGUACUGGAGCCAGCUAGAGCUGUUAGGAGACCUCUAGAUCUUCCUCCAAGCCCAAUAGUCCGCACUGUUGAGAUGGAGCGUGGGCGAGCUGGAUAUGGAUUCACCAUGGCUGGACAGGCACCCUGUGUCCUCAGUGGAAUCAUGAAGGGGAGCCCGGCUUAUAGUGUCGGAUUGCGACCUGGGGACUACAUUUUGAGUGUGAAUGGUACAGAUGUAUCUAAGGCUUCACAUGAAACUGUGGUGAAACUCAUUGGUUCAUCGUCACGAUCGCUUUGUUUGCUGGUCACAUCAGGUGACAGGCAAUCUGCUGACUCGAGUGAUGAGGAACUGGCUUUUCCAAGAAAGCAGAAAGCAACAUGGCUAAAUCCUGGAAGGAUGGAUUCUAGUACCUCUACACCCUAUAAGAAAGAUGUGAGUGAGCCGUUGAUGCAAUCAGUGGGAAGUUUUGAUACUAUAUUUGAGAUUUCAGGCCAGGCCUCUGCUAACACACAAUCAAAGAAACAGAGACCAAUGUCAGAACCAGAUAUGUCUUACUGGGCUCAACAAAAUCACUCCAAAUGCCGUCCGCAUCUUCUUGGUGAGGAGGAACCAGCUUGUGUUGUGAGUAAGGAUUCAGUUUUCUCAGACUUUCAGAGUCAGAAUAAUAUUGUACCUGACUCUAGUGCUCUGAAUGUGGGAAUGGUGGUAGGAUACAUAAGCUCCAUGGAACUGGAUCUAGUGACAUCACAUGCUGAAGAAGACACCUUACAAGCCAUUCGUGACUGCAUCAGCCAGAUUGGAAUUGAGCAAAAAACCCACUCCCUGGUAAUGAUGAGGAUUAAGUGCAACUGCGUGCAGCUUUGCGAUGACAGGGAUGUGGUUUUGGCUGCAUAUCCUGCAGAAAACCUGGCUUUGUGUGUCAUUUGCACAGAAGACAAUAGGUUCUUUUGUCUUUUGUCAAUGGAUGGGACAAAAACUGUCAAUAAUAAGGCAGAGGUAAGCCCUUGUAUAAAGACAUUGUGCCAUGUAUUCUUCAUAGACCCUGAACUGUAUGACCACAAAGAACACCAAAAUAUCUCUGAGCACUUUGGCUUUUCAUGUACUCCUGACCCUGACACCCAGGGCUGUCUGGAAUUUCCUCAAACUCCAUACUCAAUAUUACAUUUUGUGUCAGUCCUAUACAAAGACAUAGGGGAUUAUAUUGAGAAAUUGCGUCUCAAAUUGGACAGCGAGGAUUCUGAUGAAGGACAGUCAAAUGCACGAAACAGUGGUAGUGGUGACAGCGGGAUCGGAAAUGUGUCUCCAGAAGAUCAGGAAAGCCUUGCUGACCAAUGGAGUCUCACAUCUCCAAACACUUCCCAACACUUUUGGAAUAAACCUCCUCCAUAUGGCUCCCAAGAGAGGAAUGGAACAUCUCUAAAGCCAGAACGUAAGUGCCUCCUCGCAGAGCCGUUUCCCGGCCCUGCUCUACCUGUGACUCCACAAACAGGUGCUUCCACCAGAACAGAGGUCUCAGGUUGUGCACCACUGCAACCUCUACACUCAGUUAAGCAGCAAGAUUCGCCAGAAAAUACAUCCAAACACAGAAGCAGUCAGCGCUGGCCCUCUGUUGGCAUCCGGGCACGCUGGCAGAAACCUCGGCCUGAUAGCACUGAAAGCCUGGCAGACACUGAUUUCAGUGGACCCAAAGAUAAAAACAGUACCUUGCCACCUGCCAUGGAAAAAAUCCCCACACUGAGAUAUACAACACCAAAUAAUCACGUACCUCCACAAAGGCCUCACCUUGACCUGACUCGGAAACUCUUCAGCAGUGGAUCCAAGAAUAGGGAUGGAGAAAACAAGGGUUCUAGAUUUUGGGGUCUUACUAGAGGACGUUCUUCUGUUCGGCGAACAGCAGCUCGUACCAAACGUCUCAGCCUGGCUCGCUCACUGGAUGACCUUGAGUCAGCCGCAUCGGACGGUGAGCGAGGUGGUAUGGAGCGGCAUGACUGCGGAAGUGUUAGCAGUUUGGAGAGUAAUGGCAGUCUGCCCACUGUCCCCAACCACCACCGUCUCUCGGAUCGCCGUGUUGCAUCAUGGGCCAUCUGCUUUGAGCGCCUGCUCCAGGAUCCUGUGGGAGUGCGCUACUUUUCUGAGUUUCUGAAAAAAGAGUUCAGUGAAGAGAACAUCUUAUUCUGGCAGGCAUGUGAAUUCUUCAGCCAAGUUCCUGAACAUGACAAGAAGCAGCUAUCCCAGAAGGCCAGAGAAAUCUACAACAGCUUUCUGUCCAGCAAGGCCACUACACCAGUGAACAUUGACAGCCAGGCUCAGCUUGCAGAUGACGUUCUCACUGCACCACGGCCUGACAUGUUCAAACAGCCACAGUUACAGAUUUUUAACCUGAUGAAGUUUGACAGCUACGCUCGCUUCCUGAAGUCUUCGCUAUAUCAAGAGUGUAUGCUAGCUGAGGUGGAGGGACGACCUCUCCCUGACCCCUAUCAGGUGCCCUGCAGCCCCGCCCCUUCCAAGCACAGCUUCAACUCUGACCGCUCCACUUUGUCCACACCAAAAAAGGACCCACGCAGGUCCAGGACAGGCAGGUCGAGCGAUGACCUCAGAGAUGAUUCCGAUAGGAAAAAUGGUAUUUUCUCCUGGUACAGAAACCGCAGCUUUGGUAAAGGACCAAAGAAAAGAGAAAUCACAGAUUUUAAUUAUAGCAGUAAUGGGCGGAGGGAAUCUCAGGGGUCUCUGUCCUCCAGUGCCAGUCAGGAGCUCAACACAUCCGCAGGGAGGAAUGAGUGUGAUCAGAGGACCUCCACAUGGGAGCGAGACAGGGAGAGGUUGAGCAGGUCAUGUACAGUAACGCUUCCUGACGGCUCCAGCUGUUGUGUGCCUCUGAGGCAGGGGGCUUCCAUCAGACAGGUGCUGCUGGAGCUCUGCCAGAAACAACACAUCAACCUUGCUGCGGUCGACCUCUUCCUCAUCGGAGGAGAGAAGCCCCUAGUGUUGGACCAAGACAGCAUGACUCUCAGUUGCCGAGACCUUCGACUGGAGAAGCGUACUUUAUUCAGGCUGGAUCUGGUGCCCAUUAACAGAUCAGUGGGAUUGAAAGCCAAGCCCACCAAACCCGUCGCCGAGGUCCUGCGCCCUGUGGUUGCCAAGUACGGCCUCCGCCUUAGUGACCUGGUUGCCAGAAUAAGUGGAGAGACGGAAGCGCUUGAUCUGGGACUGCCCAUAUCAAAUCUUGACGGCCUCCGAGUAGUGCUAGAGAGAGCUGAUCCAAGCUCUUCCAAAGCAGACAAGUCUAAGAAGAUUCCCUCCAAAACCCCAGUGUCAUCGCUCAACAAUAAAGGUCAAUCAACACUGGGGGAUCACAAGUCAGGUAAACCUGUGAAAGGUGAUGGAGGAGAUAAGCACCCCAUCACAGAAACACCACAGAAGAAGAAAGGCAUUAAGAUUCAUCUGGAUGAAGCUGAAGAGUUUUUUGAGCUGCUGAGUCGUGCUCAGAGCAGCCGCGCUGAUGAUCAAAGAGGCUUGCUGAGGAAAGAGGAUUUGGUGCUGCCUGACUUCCUGCGUUUGGACCACGACUCCAGCGCCUCACCAUCCUGCUCUACUCCCACCUCCCAAAAACCUGGCCACUGCACCAACAAACCCCAACCUGCUGCUUCCAACGGACACCCGCACAGACCCGGCGCAGAGCCGGCCACCUUCGCCCCUCCCCUCUCCCCCAUCCUACGGCCAGCACACCAAACCCACGGGCAGGAUGGGGAAGGACUGGGUGACUUGACGCUAGUAGGGGAGGGAGAUAUCUCAAGCCCCAAUUCUACCCUAUUGCCCCCUGCGCCAAUCCCCCCACCCCCACACGAAGGCAGUCUACCCGAGGCCAACUUUACCCCACCGCCGACCUGCGCUCGCAGUCAGCCCAGCUCAGGUACAAAGGGUGGAGUUGAAAAUUUCCCUCCAACCGGCCACCACCAGGGGGCACCAUGUCCUCUCUCACCAGCCCAGGAAGGCUUACAGUCUGUGGUGAAAAGGACAGGUGUGGAUGGGGCUGGUCUGGAGGACAGCUUCGAGGGCUAUGCAGCCGAGCUUCGUCAUUGCCAGAGUAAAAUGAGGAAUGGCACUUACCCCUCCAUCGACCCCACACGGCCCCUCAGCAGCCUGUCAGACAAAAACAACACAGUUCAGUACAAAGCCACAUUUGUAUGAAAAUGGGCGUCAGGCUACGUAGUGGUGAUUUCUCAGAAACUUUCGAGGGCACAAGUGGAGAAACUUCAGUGCAACAAAAGUAACUUUGUACAAAUGUAUUUUUAAUUACAUUUCAUAACUUAUUAAAUAGCGGCUUUUUUUAGAUACAGAUCAACUAAGCUGUUAUAAGAGUAUAGGUUUCUCAGCAUCCAUUUGAAGCCUGGCCUCACCGCUUCCUGUUCAUUUCAAUGGAGAGCUCUGCUGUGGUGCAUGAUGCUUCUCAGUUCAGCAAAAACGUUAAUCAGAUUUUAAGUUUAUGCAAAUGAGCGCUGUUGUGUUUAGCCAAUCGCUCAAGAGUAGGUUGGUCUUUGUCACAAACUCCAGACAGAACAGAGGCUUUCUCUCUUUCUCUUCUUUGAAUUCAUGACAGUUUAGUACAAUAAUUAUACAGAGCUGUUGACAGGAUCUGGAGGGAAGAUGUUCGACUGGAUAAAGUUUACAUAGUUCAAGUGGGAAAACUGAAAGCAUACAAAGCUUUAAGAUUACUUGCUAAGGUAGCUAGCUUGCUAGUGAGCUUGAAUGAGCUAACUUUCUAACUUGUCAAUGACUGAUGCAUUCUGAAACUUCUAAAAACAUAAAGGUCUGUACUUAUUUUCUGUGCAAGCUUAUUUGUUGCUUUAUAAUACAUAAGAAACUGCACCAGAUGUGUCGCCAGUGGCGAACAGAGGGAGCCGAUGAGGUGGAAUACAGCAAGACAAGAUACAAGUGGACACGUAUCAUUAUAGAUCAAUGUAGCAGGCGUGAUUACAACCAAUAGAACAGUUUACAUCUGCUGUUAGAAAUUUGAAUGUGUAUGAAUUGUACAUUGGAAUAAUUAAUGUGUUAAUAGCUGAAAAUUAAAAGUUUUCAAUGAUUUUCAA